AGAAAACAAAACUAGAAAACGUGAAAUAUGGAGAGGAUAACUCAGGUUGUAUUACUCGUUACCUUACUUAUCAUGUUUACCUCAGUUGUGAAUCAGGCUAGAGCAAAAAGCUGUGUCGACAAUCUAGGCACUUGCGAUAACUGCGAGGAGAGAUGCAAGGCCAAACACGGGCUAACAAGUGAAUACAAUUGUGACAGCUCUCUUGGGCAUGUGUGUAUGUGCUACUACUCGGCGAGUGAUUGUGACCAUCGUCGAGUGAAUCCACAUACUACUUGAAACGGUGGGGCUGGUUUAUGUAAUACCAGUACCCUUGUUAAAGCCGGUUAACAAGAUUAUAAACCGAUUGCCAAUAUUUUUAAUAACUUCAAUAAUGCGAUG